AUGAUGGAGCAAGACUGGGUGGAAGCUUGGGAAGGUUGGGACGAAAUGGCCGCAGAAGGCACAGACGCUGCCGCCCUGCAGUGUGCGGAGCGGUUUCUCCACAUAGCUGGCGCCGCUGCGCCCCUGCAGCCGCGGUCCGACGAUGACCGACUACAGCAACUAGAGACACAGGGGCUUGUUCUGCACACCGCCGAGUCACAUGGAAUGAACAACUGCUUGAUCGAUUCCUUGUUGUUGGCUCUAACUGCCGCAAACCUGACACCGAAUGCCGCAAGAUACUCCAAGGCGGAAAGAAAACGCAUGUGUGUGAGAUGCCGCGAGCACCUGCGUCGCCAGUAUGGCACCCCGGUCGGCACUUAUCUCGAUGGGCACGCAGAUGCCCCCCACAUUCUCGACUUUUUUCUCCGCCAUGAGUGGCGGAAGGAUGUGUCAGUGCGAGUCCAUUUCUACGACUGCCUCGAUGCGGGGCAAGUGCUAGAGAACCAAGACGAGCUGGCAUUCGUAGAUUACACCGUAGGCGGUGCUUUGGAGACCAGGCAGGAGCUGGCUCACCGACAUUCGUCCUCCAAAGAUCCACCAUCGGUCGGUGCCGCAGACACUGACAGCGUUUUGUCUUGGGAUUCCCAGCAAUCAAGUGAAGGUUCCAGUGCAGCCCCUAGCCUCACCGAAGAACUCCAUCACCAGUGGUGCACCUGGGAAGACAAAGAAUCAAUGUCCAUCCGAGACUUGGGGAAACAAUUUCGGACAAAACCUUUGUUGCCCCCGCCCUUGCCAGCUGAGACGAUGGAUUGGGUGGACAGUAUGUCGGGAAUAGCCUAUCCAGCGUGUCACUGUGCCUUCGAAAACUGCGGCUGGUGCAGUGAAGACCAGCCAUGCCUGGAUGCGCUGCUGCCACUGAACGCUUGGGUCGUGGACGGUGUCAAGUGGCAUUGUAGUAGCGGCCAGUGUUGCGCGGACUCGGAGAGCUGUUUGUGGGCACAUUUGCAAGACCACCAUGCCACAGCGUUCGAGCAUUGUCCGGGGGACAUUCCCAGUGCUUACGUUGCAGCUUUGCAACACGUAGAAGAACAAGCUGUUCCGGCCGUCGGUUGGAGCGUGGAUCGCCGCACUCUGCGACGCCUGCGUCAAGCUAGACAAGAAGACCACUGCGUAGCCUUGAUUUGCAGCGAAUGCCCGGGCGUCGCCCAGGACUCCGACCCCUACCAGCUUUGCAACGCUUGCGAGCUCCCCUUGUGCCGGGGUUGCUGGUCCCGAAUGCGGCAAAAAAUGUAUGCCGGCGUUCCGCAAGCUCUCACUAACGACAACUGGUACGGGUAUCCAGUGGACUUGCUCUACACCCACAAAGUCCGCUGGGUUGAAGCGGCCGCAGCGUGUCCAGUUUGGACUUCCAUGAUCAGUUUUUACUUGGAAGCCGAUCGCGGCCACGUGAUGGAGGAGACACUCCAUCGAGCCGACCAGCGCUUGGCCAUCCGAGGCAACGUCAGUGCCGUGAGCCUUCCAUGGGAACAGAUCUAUGGUAAGUUCGCAGACAUGACGCCCGAGCAUCGGCUUGCCGGAUUGCCACACGCAUUGCCCGCUCUGAAAUCCAUGAUCCAACUGACAGUAAAGGGAAUGUUGCACGGUGAAAUUUCGGAGUGGGUUGCCGGAGCCAAAGUCAGACCUUGGGUAGUCGUAGCUUUGUUAGAUCAUUUAGUGGACCUAGCCCAUCCCAUGUUUCAGGGGUACGACGGCACACCGGCCGAACUCAAGGAAUUGUUUCGUGCCAAAGUAAACCAGCAAUAUGGAAAAGACGAGUUUCCAGUCGUAACCUUAGAGGAAGUUGAUAAAGCACCAACCCCCCAUAAUCCAUCGCCGCCGCAGACCAAACACGCCACACCAGAACCGGCUGGACUCGGUGAUUUCAAUGGUGAAGCCUUUCAAGGCAAUGUCCGACCGCAAGUGUUAUCGCCCGACUGGAGUACCGAUCAAACUGCAGACCUUACCGCUCAGGAAGUCACUCGGCUGGCCGUCGGCACGCCGCAGGUCACAGUCCAAACCGGGAACGAGUUCUGGGAUCAAUGGCAGCCGAAAUACUUAAGUUGGGCUUUUCCUUUCAGUUUGCCGGCUCCAGUUGGUGGGCCAGAUUACCCGAACAAAGACCGGUGGCGGCGUAGCAUCGACGCCGCAAUGCUCGGCCCAAUCGCCCACUUGCGCUCACUGACCCGGAGAGUGGAAAGUUCCAUUCGCAAUUCUUGGGAUUUGGUGUCGGGCCUUCGACGCUUAACUUUCAAGUGGCAUUCGGUGUGGGAGGACACCGCCGUCACGAUCCCGGUGCUGGACUAUGAGACUCGACGCUGCAGCACCGUUCGAGAUCCAUGGUGCGUGGACAUUGCCUUUCAAAGCAUGAUUCGCUUUGUGUUCGCAGAGCUCUUAGGGGUACGCAUGUGUUUCAAGUGCCCGCAAUGCACUUGUCGCGACAUGUUGGAACACCCGUCGCAUCCUGUGGGCGGAGUUCUGGGUCUGGUGCUGGGAUUUUGUGGGGCCAUCGAGUACCAACAAAAUAGUACGCCCCACUUUCACGCCAAUGUCUACGUUGCAAGCAUCUGGCAACACCCCCUGAAAGUGCUUGCUACCAAAUUGCAAGCAAAGGCCGUGUCGCUAGGAGAAAUAUUUCAAUACCAGCAGUGGUUGCACAAUGAAAGCCACUUGAACUUGGAGCAGCACGUCGCACGACUGCCGGACCUUGAGACAGAGUGGAAGCAGAAUUUCGUUGGGAAACAGCAUGACAAGCUUUGCCUUUGGCCUGCUUUUGUUGCGGCGGACACAGAGCCAUCGCCUUGGACAGCCCCGUCGUCCCAUUCCGAAACCGUGUCAAGAGACGCGACGACGUAUCGAACCAAGUAUGCUUCGGCCGUUCAGGACCGGGUCAACUUCCGGGUGCCGUUACUCCCAGAAACACACGACCCAGCUUGCGAUCGGAACUGCCUCCGACACGGCACUUUGCGGCGACUGCAACGCCUCAUGCAGCACGCAGCCAGGAAAGCCACCCAGUAUUUCACGGGAUACCUGCAGAAGCCGCAACCCAUCGGCAAAAAGGAGCUACAGCAAGCCGCCAAGCACCUCUCGUUCUUAGACGUUGCCCCGACCAAAGGGGCGGAGGCGCAACAGUACCGCAGAGUACUCCAAAGGAUUUGUGGCGACUUGGAGUUCAGGUGCUCGGUGCGGCCUCUGACAGAAGAGACAAUGUUGGCAGGAUUCUGGGAUGGGGAAGAGGUUACGUCCGCUGAAUGCAUUCGAUCCUUUGCAGUCAUCCCUUUCGUUGGCGCGGAUUGGUUGGCCCAACAUGACCGCACGACGGAGGUGCGCGCCCUAGUGAAGCCCUUCAAGCACAGACACGCUGCGCUGAAAGCCAGUGAUGUGUACGGGUGGCGAGGCACAGAUCCACGCAUCUACUAUUUGAGCCCGUGGGAGUUCACGGCUCUGUGGGACGUUCAGCGUCUCCAGCCACCGCGAGGUGACGCCACAGACUUGAGCACGUGGGUCAACAACCCACGCAGCGAGGAAGAGCCGACGGAUGGAUGGCAGUUUGGCCGUGAUUUUGUCUGGAAAAAAAAGCUGCCAGACCUCGGCCGAGACGUGGUGCGCUUGCCUCACCGCGUGGCCACAGAAGCUGUUGCUGACCACUAUCUGCGUCGCCGCAUAGCUCCACUAGUGCCGUACCCGACUGCAGCGCCUCUGCCCAAAGCCGAUAUGUCCAAAGCAGAGCAAGCUCGCAUCCUGAGUGUGUAUCUGCGACCGUGGACUUUAGCAAGUGAAGAUUCCACUGCACACGUUCCGCAUCUGGCCGCUUUGGAUUGCCCCAUCUCUGACAUUCAACAGACGCCGCGACAACGGUGCACUGCGAAGACGCAGCUAGGUCGACGCUGCCACGCCGCGGCGUGGCGAGACUACAUCGAACACCACAUUGUGUCGGCCAACGCAAGACGCACCAUUCAAAAUUUCUUAGCUGCUGCGGAGUGCUCGCCGGAGGAAGCGGAAGCAAGCCUAGACACGACCAAACUUGCCCAUGUGGACGUAGACACCAGCUGGGUGGAUCUGACCACCGUGCAACGCCUGACAGCCGGCCACGGUUUCCGAUAUUCCAAACGGUCCGAGCCAACCGUGCAGAACAUUGUGCAACAGUGGACACCCGACAAUGCAGGCCUCAAUCCCAUCCAGUGUUUGCAAGCCAUUCUGGAACGUUGCAUUGUGGAGCACCAAGAAGAACGGCAGGACGUGCCACAGCGUUCUGAGCCGUUUCGCGCAAUCUUGCAUGGAGUGCCAGGAGCAGGCAAGUCACAGACCUUGAAGUGGAUUCGGGCAUUUUUCGAGAGCACUUGCCAGUGGUCCCAUCCGCAAGACUUUGCUUUCGUAGCUCCGCAAAAUACUCAGGCCGCUUUGAUUGAGGGAAUCACCCUCCACUCGUUCGCUGACAUGCGGGUCAAGGGCGCCAAGAACAAGCCUGACCCCAACACAAGCAUGCAGCGAUUUGUCAAAUUCCAGCGGCUGCGAUGGCUGAUCAUCGACGAAUGCAGCACUGCGGCGUUGGAAGUGUUGGCAGCCUUGGAAAAGCACUUGCAGGACGCAGUGCGCCCAAAGAAUUCUUGGAAAUGUCGAAAGUCCGGCGCGGUGCGACCUUUUGCCGGCAUCAACGUUUUGAUCGCCGGGGAUUGUUGGCAGUUCCCCGCCGUAAAAGCCACCAGCAUUUUCCAAAAUCCUUUCAGAAGCGGCCAAAGCCUGUCCGUCACCGCCUUGCAAAAAAUCUUGUGGACGCACAACCAAAACAACGUGCAGCACCUGUUCGAAUUGACCAAAGAACACCGCUGCACGGAUCCAUGGUUGAGCGCCAUCUUGAAGGAGGCGCGGCGCGGAACUCUGAACCAGGAACUGUGGUCCUUCUUGCAUGGCUAUCCGACACUCCAUCCCGGAUCGUGGGAUCCCACCACCAACACCUGCGGAUGCAAAAAUCCAACAUGCGAGGGUUUACCCAAAAUUUGGACACAGGAGGUUUUGCACGGAAGCGACGCCCGUACUUGGGCGGCUCGCCUCGGUGACGAGUGCAACGUCUGCUCAGCCGAGCGGCGGCGGCGUUGCGUCGUCGCCGAGUCAAGCGAUUUCGGACCUAACCCUAAAGACCCCAAAUUUUUACAUGCCCCUUUCAUCCAUGGUUUAAAUGCAGCCAAAUACGUGGCAGCCUUGCUUCGGGCUCGGUGGGUGGCAGCCGAACAGAACCAGCUUUUGCUCUGGGCGGUGGCGCAGGACACGCCCUUGUUCCACACCGACCCAGACACCGACGCGCACGAACUUCGGCGUCGGAAAGAAAACUGGCUGCAGAGGCACGAUCAAUCGACAGGAGGCAUAAUGGGACUCUUGCCCUUGUUGCCGAACAUGCCGGUGCGGAUCACCCAAACAUUGCCGGAACUCAAGCCUUUUGGCCUUUUCAAAAAUACACGUGGGCAGCUUUACAACUGGACAUUGCACCCCGAGGACGUGGCAGCAAUCCAGACUUGCUCCGACUCCGACUGGGUUCUGCGCCACCUGCCCACGUGCAUUUUCGUGGCCAUCCCAGGCGCCACAUGGCAGCACCGCCCAGGCCUGCCAGCGGGCGUCGCCUGCAUCCGACCGGGAGUGCAACACUGGCAGCUGGAAGCGCACGGACAAGCCACGGUUGCACGCAAGGGAUUCCCUAUAGCGUGCGAUUACGCAGGGACAGCCCAUUCGUUUAUGGGAGCCACGUUGGCCGCUUGCAGCUUAGACCUGGGGUUCUGGGAUUCCUCGGCGUCCCGGGACUCGCAGCUUAGCGCAUACAUGUGCUUGAGCCGAGUCAAAAGGGCCGAGGACGUUUGCAUCGCCCGCACCUUUUCCCCUAACCUACUAAGUCAAGGUGAAUUAAUAGGCCCCGAAACGUUUUUGCAGGUGCAUCGGCAAAAAUUGACCUUGAACGAAGCCAAGAGUAGGUUUGAAAAGGAUCAGGUGCAACGCAAACGCAACACCGAAACCCUCUUGUUUUGUCGCGGUUGCAGUCCCAAAGCCAAAGGCAACCAAGGGUUGCUGCCGAUCCGGGAGUUCGCCGACAACAACACUUGGGAUCCAGAGGGUUGGUACGCCAUAGUGCAACUCGGCAUGGAACGUAUGUGCAGCCAAUGCCGUGAGAGUCGAAAGCCGCAGCCCCAGACCGCGCCAGGGGAUCAGCCGGUUGGAGCCGAGGAACCGAGUGUUCCGUGUGCCUUUUGCACCGUCACCAAACUUCCCAAACUCGGUUUUUGUCAAAAGUGUUUGGCCACAGAGCGCUUAGCUUGUGCCAAAUGCGACGUCGGAAUGAAGUUGAAGCGCAAAACUCUAGCUGCCUUCAGCCCCGAAGAGAUCCAACGAAGAAAGCGCACCAAAGAGCUUCGGAGAGCGCGCUGCGUAAAAUGCGCACUUGUCCGACCCAAUGUGGCGAAAGGAAAUGUGGGGCACUGUGACCUGUGUCAAAAAUCGAUCAGUGUGUCGCAUUUCCACAAGUAUGACUCCGCUUCAAAAACCGGCAUUUGCCGCAGGUGCGCACAGAAAGCCGCAGAACUCAAGCGAGCCGCAGCCAAAGUGUGUCCACAGUGCAGCCUGCCUUUGCACGCAGCGGCCACGCCGGGGACGUGGUGUCGGAAAUGUGCUUAUCCACCGUGUGCAGGUUGCGAAAAAGUGGAGCGGUGCAAAAAAGGCUCCAACCAUGCCAAGCAUCGCCCCUUUUGGCGUUGCGAAACGUGUGCCGCUCACGUGUGUACCGAGUGUGCAAAGAAACCAGUGGGUCCGUCGGCCGGGCCAGACGCAGUGUGUCCGCAGUGCAAGCCUAACAACUGUUGCCCCAAGUGCAAGGCGCCCACGCCUGCAACAGCAAACCUCGGUUCGUGGUGCCAAGCUUGCGCCUAUCCGCCAUGCUCCGGCGGCUGCGGCGCGCCGCGCCCGUGUUUGACCGGCGGCAAGUAUCACGCCAAGCAAUUGCCCACGUGGACCUGCCAAGCUUGCAGCGCUGUGGUCCCACCCAAAAAACGGUCCAGAACGACAGGGCCUGUGUCCCGCGCCGACGCGGCCACACAGGAGCCAGACUUGCCACCUUUACCACCACCAGCCAGCCCGCCACCGGACAGACCAAAUCAAUCGCUGUCCGACAACGCCUUUGCAGCCAUACCCAAACGAAGGAAAACCAAAGCCAACACUUUGCCACCUAGCGACGACUUCCUGCGGGUGCCAGACAUGCCACCUUUGCCACCGCCGGCCACCCCGCUGGCGAACAAAUCGAUUGCGAGCACGGACGGUGGUCUGCCCAAGCGGAGAAAGAAAUAG